AUUCGCGCACGGACAGGACGGAUAGAUCACAUACUGUCUGUUCUCCAACUAGAAGGAGCGCGUAGGAAACCGAGAGAGAAGAACAAGUGAAAGAAAGAGAGAAUAAAGAGGGAGAGGAAGAGCGAGAGAAGAAUAAGCGCUCGUGGGAGCGAGGGGAAAAAAGUGAAAGUGACCAUGACUACCACCAUGCCAGUCUCUGCAUCCCCUCCUGUCCUCUCACCCGACCCAGGAGAACCUUCCUCUGGGGGAAUAAUCUGCUCCGAUCCGUUUUACACCCCCACAACCACCAGCCCUCAUCAAGACUCCCCAUCCCUGCGGCUCACCACCAUGGGACCUCUCAACCCCUUUCUAUCGGGCUCAGGAGUCCCAUCCUGCGGCUUGGGAUUCAACAACACCCCGGUGCCUGGAGAUCGAGUCAUUUCCACCACCACUGCGACCACAACCAGUGAGUGCAGAAUGGUGGAUGUACACGGAAUAAAAGUUGCCUCUUUCAGCGUCGGAGGACAGGACGAGUUGAUUUGUCUACCCCAAGUGUUCGAUCUCUUCCUCAAACACCUAGUCGGCGGGCUUCAUACCGUUUACACCAAGCUGAAACGCCUGGAUAUAUGUCCGGUUGUGUGUACGGUGGAGCAGGUACGUGUCCUGCGAGGACUUGGCGCUAUUCAACCGGGAGUAAACCGCUGUAAACUCAUCUCCAGGCGAGACUUCGAGGCGCUCUACAACGACUGCACCAAUGCAAGCUCUCGUCCUGGCCGCCCUCCAAAGCUCCCUGGGAUUCGGGACUCCAGGCUCCUCCACCCUGAGGUUCUGCUGUCACCUGGAAUGGUCUCUCACGCAGGUGGGAAUGAGUGUUCCUGGGAUAAGGAGAGGCUUGAGUCGCAACCCUGUGGAGGUGGAGGGGUGGGCAGAACAGGGAUGGGAGUACAACCGAGACUAAAUAACCAGAUGACCUCCCUACAACAGCAACUACUGGCCAACCGUCUCCAGGACCUCCCUUUCAUGAUGAUUCCCCACCCCUUACUUCCUGCCAGGUUGCCCCCGGCGUCGGUUGCCAUGGCGAUGUCACAGAUGAACCACCUCAACACCAUCGCCAACAUGGCAGCUGCCGCGCAUAUACACACACACCGGGGCAUCAAGGAGCGUGUGUGUGACAGUCCGUCCCCCUCUCCAUCUCUAGAAGACACACAUACACCACUCCUCUCACAGCUCUCCUCACAUCUCAGCUCUACAUCGUCACCAGACGCUGUGAACCACGACAGAGACCUUACUGAAAGAGACAUUCAAAAAAUUGCAAGGGAGAAAGAAGACUCCUCAUCGGCUCUUCCCAUGGUGAAGCCGUCAUUUGAUAGGCUGUCCUCAGGCCAGGCUCUGCCCCCUGGCUUCCCUGCUCCGUACCUAUUCGCUGACGGCAUUUCCUCUGUUGAGACUCUACUCACCAACAUACAGGGCCUGUUAAAGGUGGCUGUAGAGAAUGCCAGUGUCCAGGACUCAGAUCCAGGCAGAGAAGAGAGUGCUGAAGAUGGAGCCUCUCUCAGAGUUCAGAGCAGAGAGAAUGCCAGUGUCCAGGAGCUCAAUCAGAGUUAUAGGCAGAGGAAGAGAGUACUGAAGAUGGAGCUGUCAGAGAGAGCAGAGUAA